CCGACAUGUCACAAAUAUUGCAACCAUCUUUCUUUCUUUUUUGUCUUUACUUAUUAUUUAUUCUGUAUGCACUAUAAGUACCAAACCCAAAAGAUAGAAUGUUAAAUUUGCCAUGUAAUGUCUUUCCUUCUUUGAUCAAGGAAUACGAACCAAUACACACAGCUGAAGAACUCGAUACAACACUCGUCGGUACUAAGUUUUGCAUGUCCAGAAAUUUUAAUUUCGAUGUCACCCGCAACUGGCAUUAAAUAACAGCCGAUAUGCCUCUUCUUCUUCAUCGCAUGCUCUUAAAAAUUUCCUAAAUGGCGAAGCUUCUAGAGUUUUAGACUAUAAGCCGUCUACACGCUGAUCCAGGUGGAAAACUUUUGUGUACAUUUUUAAGUAUUUCAAAACAGCUAAAUCAAUUUUUAUUUAACUUGUAAAGGUCGUUCGAUAACUUGAGAGUGAAAUGAUAGAGACCAAACUUUUAUUAGCGCCAUCUUUUUUCCGAGGAUUUCUUACCUUCCCCAUCCCUCUUUGUAGUCGGACAUUCAGCCCCGACAGUUUGGAUAAGUAUCCAACCGGUUCCCUUAUGACAAAGAAGUCCACAGUCUCCAUAGAUGAAUGAAUAGUAAUGUAAGUCAGCAAAUAACGACCGCAGGCAAAUGACGACGAAGUCAAAUAACAAAUGCGUUACUCAACUAUUCCACGACACUUUACCUGCCUAGCCUAAUUUUAACCCACGCAUAAAUCUCAAACAUCAUCAUCAUCAUCAUCAUCAUCAUCAUCAUCAUCAUCAUCAUCAUCAUCAUCAUUUUCAUCAUCAUCCCUUUGACUCAAUCACCAAGCAUGUCGACCUACCCUGGUCUGGUGGUAGCUGUCGUCGUAGAGACCAGAAUAGACGCUGCAGCGGUCAUGACGUGCAUGUUGGCCGGUCAUAUUGUUGCCUGAAGUAAUUUGUCUCUUCCUUUAUGUUUACCAUCCAGUUCUGUGCAUGCCGAUGUUUGUAGCAUAGCAUGUAUUUCAACAACUGACUGUUAUUGUUGCACAAAUUAAAGAAAUAUAUAUCUUGUCAGGUAAAAUGCAUUUCUUUUUAAUGUUCCUCCACUAUCAGUGAAACACGUUAUUUUGUCAUGAAAACAGUUUACUGGAUUGAAAAAUUGUGCUGCCUAUGUAAAGUUUGCUCUUGCUUUAAUAUAUAUUGUUGUUUAGUUAAACGUUUUUGUGUAUAUUGCUACUGCAGAUCCUCAUGGAGUCUCUAAAUAUCAAACACAUGAUCGCUGACAGUAUAUUUGAAGGCAUUGGCUAUUUGAAUUAUGAAAAAAAAUUUUGGGACGUGAACAUUCAUGUAAAGGGCCAGAGAUUCUGUUGCCACCGUGUACUUCUGGCUUCUGUUUCAAAAUUUUUUGAGAAUAAUCUGGCGCCUGAUAAUAAGAAGAACUAUCCUUUCAAUGUUUUCAUCAUCAACGACAACGUGACUCCUCAACUGUUUGGCUCUUUACUAGAGAUCCUGCACACAGGCAAAGAUCCUGUAACCGUGGAGUCAGUGAAAGAUUAUUUGAAGAUGUCUGCCUAUCUCCAGAUCGACUUCCUAACGAAGUAUUGUGAAAGUUUUCUUAUGAACAAUUUUACAGCUAAUAAUGUAUUAAGUUUUUGGAAGUUUGCUCAAGCCCACAGUUUGCCAAAUGUGGCUAAAAUCUGCUACACGUGGGCUGCUGAACACAUCGACAUACUACCACAGGACGAGUUGCUCAGCCUCCCCAAGUCCAUGCUCCUCAUUAUCCUGUCCCUUCAAAAAAAGCUCAGCAUGGACGCCGUCUGCCAGACGAUCUUAUCUUGGGUGGAAAUUGAUCUUGACAAGAGACAGACUUACCUGGAAGAGUUGCUUCCUUUUGUUUGUUUUCCACACCUGAGUCCAUCGUAUUUGUUUGACUUGUCAUGCAAUCUCCGGUAUCAGCUGAACGAUGUUCUAUGUGGUGGCAUAAGUCAAGGUGUCGAGUUCUAUUUGAAAGGUAUCUGCGGCAAUGAUGCCAAUAUUCAGAUGCAGAUUCUGGCCCAGCAAACUGUGAAGCUACAGCUACCUGAUAUAGCACCCUGUUGUGUGGCUAUCGGGGUAAAAACUGAAAUGAAUUCCUCACCACAAGGCAUUUAUACGAUUUCUACCAAGACUUGUUGUCCAUUAGCACCUGUACCUAAGAACCCAGGGCUGCAUUUUGCAAGCUGCACAUGGCAAAAUGCGAUUUACCUCAGUGGCGGGGUAACGCAGCCCAACUUCUUUGCUGUAUACAGACCAGGCGACAAUCAGUGGCAAGAGCUGCCUGACCUGCCUGGCAAUGGUCGUGCACAACAUGCAAUGGCCGCUGUCAACUCCUGCAUCUACGUCAUUGGAGGAUCGCUUAGUAAACGGCGGUUUCCCAACAACAGACAACCAUCUAGUGUCUUGAAGUACGACUUGAAAUCCUCUACGUGGCAUGAUUUCUGCAUCCUACCAGAAGAUGUGCUUGAAGCUACAGCUGCUGUUCUCGGUCACAGGAUUUACCUUUUUGGUGGGGUGAACUCUGACCUUGUGCAGUGUGUGGAUACAUGCGGGUGCAGUGCCUAUACAGCAGGUUAUCUUCCCUGCACGCUCACACUACGCGCCCUUAGCAAUGGAGGAAUCAUUUACGUUGUUCUGAGCCCUAAGGAAAUUUUGAGAAUGUGGGAAACAUUUUGACAUGGCUGAGAAAAUAGAAGAGAGCUUGGCUGUACAAAAAGAUGGAAACCUUUCUCAGGAAUUGCCUGUGUGUGAAACAGUUUCAUUUGUUCAAAUCAAAACGCAAGCAGUGCUCGGAUUUUUUCCUGAGCAAUGCUACUUUUCUGCUUGCCUGCUCGAUGGUGUGAUAACUAUGGUUAGCGGACGAACUGACCAGGGUCAGCUACGCACUACUAUAGAAAGCAUCGAUAUUGAAACUGGUGAUCGCUGCUGUGAACCGAUUGACCUCGAGGGUCUGGUCGCUUGUGGUCUUCAUGUUCUGAAUGUACCGCAAGUACAUGUCA